ACGCCGCCGCCACCCGCGGGCGCCCAUGGAAGAGCGGGGCGAGCGCUGCCCCCCGGCCCCGCGCCCCGGCGCGAAGUUUUUGCCUGAGAAAUACAUAUUUGCUCAGCAAAAAAAAAUCCACUUUUAAGGGUUGUUCUUGCCCUAUCACCCACUUGAGUGAAACCAGACUAAGAACUUCUGUCAUGGCAGCUUUUCUGCUGGGAGCUGUGUUGCUUAUUGUUCAACCUCAGAUAGUGCCUUCCAGACCAGCUAUAAAUUCAAAUGCUGAGACUUCUUCUCAGUCUGUUCAGAGAGAGCUUUUAAAGAAAACAUCUCAGAAAAAUGACUUCAAGGAAAACAUUAAUUCUAAUGGAUCAUGUCAGCAGCUGCCACAGACUAUUAUUAUUGGAGUGAGAAAAGGUGGAACAAGAGCUUUGUUAGAGAUGUUGAGUCUCCAUCCAGAUAUUGCAGCAGCAGAAAGUGAAGUUCACUUCUUUGACUGGGAAGAUCAUUACAGGAAUGGAUUGCAGUGGUAUAUUAAUCAAAUGCCGUUCUCAUAUCCCCAUCAGAUCACCGUGGAAAAAACUCCAGCAUAUUUCACAUCACCUAAAGUGCCUGAAAGAGUUUAUAACAUGAACCAAUCCAUGAGACUACUCCUUAUUUUAAGAGACCCAAGUGAGAGAGUACUGUCAGAUUAUACCCAAGUGUUCUACAACCACAUGCAGAAGCACAAGCCGUACCCAUCCAUUGAGCAGUUCCUGGUAAAACAUGGUGAACUCAAUGUGGACUACAAGGCAAUAAACAGAAGCUUAUACUACAUUCACAUGCAGAACUGGCUGAAGUAUUUUCCUCUUGAUCAUAUCCACAUUGUAGAUGGGGAUAAACUAAUCAAGGAUCCCUUUCCAGAAAUAGAAAAGGUAGAGAGAUUUCUGAAGCUGUCACCACAGAUAAAUGCUUCAAACUUUUAUUUCAAUAAAACUAAGGGGUUCUACUGCCUGAGGGACAGUGGUAGGGAGCGCUGUUUACACGAGUCCAAAGGACGAGCACACCCACAAGUCGACACCCGGUUACUCGAGAAACUGCAGGAAUAUUUCCAUGAACCCAACAAGAAGUUCUUUGAGCUUGUGGGCAGAACAUUUGACUGGCACACAUUUAUGGCAAGUUAGUGGUAAGCUUCAGAACCUAUGUUCCAGUGUACAGUUAGAAGAUUUAAAAAGGGCAUUUAAGCUAUUAUUUAUUUGUAAAAUCCAUAAAUACUUCUGUACAGUAUUAGAUUCACAAUUGCCAUAUAUACUAGUUAUAUUUUUCUACUUGUUAAAUUUGAAAGCAUUUUGUAUUGUUUUUCAUGGUUGUUAACAUUGUGUAUGAUGUGUCUAUAUGAAGAAACUAAAUUAUUUCGUUGCUGAAGGUGCUCUCUUGAGAAUGUGUUGUCUUUUUAAUAAAUAAGAAAUUCAUUUUGACAGAACAUUUCUGAAUUAUUUGAAUACUUUGGCCUUCCUGGACUAUUUUCUCUAAUUGCUAAUGAAUAUGCUAAAUUUUAUCUUUCCAUUUUUCUUAGUUUAAAGUGUGGAUUAAUAAUUUCUCUUCCAUUUGAAAAUACUGUUGUAGUUUACAAACUGUUCAAUCCUGCUUUAUGAAAUUAUUACCUUUCAAAGUGGUGGUACUUACACGUGUUGGGAAAUGCACACCCAAAGGACAAUGGAAGUCUCUGUGUAAUUUGAUAUAUUAACUGCUAUACUUAACGUUCAUAUUCACUGUUAUAACAAGUGCUUCUCAAUUCUUUGGCAGUACAGUGCAGGUUUCAUGGCAGAUUUUUAAAGAUUCUGUGGGGACCAGCUCAUAAAAUACAGUUAGCUGUAGAAAUAUGGUCAACCUGAAAACUUCCAGUCUCUGAAUGGAUGCAUACUUCAUAAAGAGUAUGGUUGAGAGAAUUUAAGCAAUAUAGAGACUUUUUCAAGGCUGCAUUUGACUGUUCCUACAUUUCAUAGCACAUUUAUGCUUUACCAUCACCUAAAAUAAACACACCAGAAAAAUUAGUUGGUCUGCGUUCCAGUAAGUAGCAACUUCUUUCAUAUCAAUAUUACCACAUUUGUCCCCUACUUAAGGCUGCUUUCUAUGAGUUUGUAGUUGCUUCAUGCAACUGAAAAUUGCCUAUGGACUACUAUUUGUUUAAUCUUCUUCCAAGAACCACGAUGCCAGGUCUUGAUUAGAUGUGUGUUGUGGGAUUAACCCAAAUUCCAGGAACUUGCCUUGUUUUCCAUCUGCUAAAAAUGGAAGUUAGAUGUUAGUACAUUGGUAAAAACUGCAGUUGUCCUUAUUUGCAGUGAUUAUGAUGUCUUGUUAACCAUCAGUUUCUGGAGUUAGAGUUAAUCCAGUUUCCACACAAGGCUUCUCACAGUACUUUCAAUCCAAACUACCCAUUUUAUUUCAUAAUCUUGAGUUUAGUUGUUGAAUGUGCAAUGGCAACACCCAGUAAAUUUGAACUUGUAGCUGAUUGUUACAAUACUUUAUGAAAUUUUAAUGUAGAUUCAAUCUUUUUUUUUUUCUGCUGAGCUAGUGCAAACUUGGGCACUAUGACAAGGUAUCAUCUGGAUGCAAAUAUCCCAUAUUAUGCCUUUUGCAUGAAAAUUUGCAGAUGCUGUCCCUCUCUCCCACUCCUUGUGCACCUGCCCAAGCUGUAUUCAACCUCAGAGAGGUUGGUGGUGUUUUAUAGAGCCUACAAUGAAAUGCUAUUGUACUCAAUAAAAUAUUUUCUGAAUUGCA